GGUGGCUCAGCAUGCGGGUGGGGGUGCUCCGGUGUGGAGAAGCUGACGCAGUCGGUUUGUGGCCAUUAAACUCGCAGUACGGAGCAUCAGACGCAUCAGGAAACGGAAAUGACGGGGUAGCAACGGGAACCCAGUUGGCACCAGGUCCAAACGGAGACCCUGACGGCGCUUUCCUGUUUUCCGGGACUGUGAGUUCCUACAUCGACAUCCCCAACAACGGACGGCUGGAUGUGAGGUUGUCCUACACCAUACUGGCCAACAUAUAUCCUACAGGUUAUGAUGGACCAAUCUUCAACUACGUAGGGAACAACAAUGAUCAUCUGUGGGCGAUACAUUUCUGGCAGACCUCCCACCAGGCCCUAUUCCUGCGGACGAUAGGGCGACAUACCAGAUGGGAUUCCAUACCCCCCGUCUCCGCGAAUGUGCUGCAACAGAACGCUUGGAACUACGUGGGCGGAACCUACGACAGUUCCACGGGGGUGGAAGCCGUCUGGAACGACGGUGAACUGGUCGCGCAGUUGCAGAUCGGGGUCCCGUCCGUCGCGAGCCAGUACGCGGUCCGUGUGGCGGUGAAAGACGGAGACAGACGGUACUUCGCGGGCCGGAUAGCCUGUAUCCAGCUGUACGACUUCGCCAUGACGCAAGAACAGAUUGUGUCAGCGCGGGACAGGUGUGCGUCGAGUGCAACCACCACGCCUGCUGUUACAACCACCACGCCUGCUGUUACAAUCACCACGCCUGCCAUUACAACCACCACGCCUGCUGGAACAACCACCACGCCCGCUGUUACAGCCACCACGCCUGCUGUUACAACCAUCACGCCUGCUAUUACAACCACAACAUCUACUGUUACAGCCACCGCGCCUACUGUUACAACCACCACGUCUACUGUUACAACCACCACGCCUACUGUUACAACCACCACACCUGUUACCACAACCUUUAGUUCAUCAAAUGACGCAAGCAUCGUGACCACUACGAUGACACAGCCGGAGGAUCCCACCAGUCCUCCCCCGACCGCGUCGCUAACUCCCAGCCGGCUGGGGGAGGAGGAUCCGCCGCCGCUAACAAGGGCGGGGCACCGGGAGGGGCAGUAG